GUGAACAUUACUAGUGUAAACGGUGUUUUUAUGAGGGUUAAUCUGUGAUCAAGCCCUGAUAUUGUUAAUAAUAAUUUGAAAAGAACAGUUUUGUUAAAAAAAAGUAAUCUGUAAAAAUGAAAUAUUUCUACACAUUAUGCCUACUUUUGGCACUCAGCUGUCGAACGUGGGCGCAGUACUAUUAUGAACCUGUAUCAAACUAUCUCGAUACUCAGCAGCAGCAGCAGCCGCAGCAACAGGGCAAUGGCUAUGUGUACAAUCCACCACAAAAGGCAUUUGAGUAUCCUCAGAAACCUGGCUACUCCUAUCCAGCACCACAGAAACCCUUUGAAUUGCCCACCAAGGGUUAUUCAUACCCAAAGCCUCAAAAACCAUUCGAACCAGCACCCACCAAAGGUUACUCGUAUCCACAGCCUAAACAACCCUUGGAAUAUCCCAAGCCAUCACCCGCCAAACCUGGCUAUUCAUAUCCACAACCGACAGUGAAAUUUGAUUUACCCACUAGACCCACUCAGAGGCCAGCCCCACAAACAACCAAAACGGGCUAUUCAUAUCCACAGCCGACAGUGAAAUUUGAGUUGCCCUCCAAACCGGGUUAUACUUACCCUACACCAGCUGUUAAGUUUGAUUUGCCUACUCAAACCACCAAAUCGGGUUACAACUAUCCUAAACCUGAAGUGAAAUUCGAAUAUACCACCUCAACUACUAGAAGACCCACACCCGCUCCACAAAAACCUGGAUACUCUUAUCCCACACCAGCUGUCAAGUUCGAAUUGCCUACACAAAAAACUGGCUACUCUUACCCCACUCCUGCACAAAAAUUCGAGUUACCCACUCAACCUCCACAGAAGUCUGGUUAUUCUUAUCCUACACCCGCUCAAAAAUUCGAGUUGCCUACACAGAAAACCGGUUACUCUUAUCCCACACCACAAGUGAAAUUCGAAUAUACCACCCCAACUACCAGGAGACCUACACCAGCACCCCAAAAACCCGGUUAUUCUUACCCUGCACCCACAGUUAAAUUCGAAUUGCCCACACAAAAGACCGGCUAUUCGUAUCCUACACCAGCAGUGAAAUUCGAAAUACCCACCCAGCCACCUCAAAAGACUGGUUACUCGUAUCCCACACCUGCCCAAAAAUUCGAAUUGCCAACUCAGCCACCUCAAAAGCCUGGCUACUCUUAUCCCACACCAGCUGUUAAGUUUGAAUAUACCACCACCAGACGGCCAACACCAGCUCCCCAAAAGCCUGGCUAUUCUUAUCCUACGCCAACUGUUAAAUUCGAAUUGCCUACCCAGAAAACCGGUUACUCUUAUCCAACACCAGCUGUGAAAUUUGAAAUACCCACACAGCCACCCCAAAAAUCGGGCUACUCUUAUCCUACACCCGCCCAAAAAUUCGAUUUACCCACUAAACCAACACAAAAGACAGGCUAUUCUUAUCCUACACCCGCCCAAAAAUUCGAUUUACCCACUAAACCCACCCAAAAGACCGGUUACUCGUAUCCCACACCAGCUGUAAAAUUCGAAAUUCCCACACAACCACCCCAAAAGUCUGGAUACUCCUAUCCCACUCCUGCACAAAAAUUCGAUUUACCCACUAAACCUACACAAAAGACCGGUUACAACUACCCCACUCCUGUCCAAAAAUUCGAGUUACCCACCCAACCUCCACUGAAGUCUGGUUAUUCCUAUCCCACACCCGCCCAAAAAUUCGAUUUACCCACCCAGCCUCCUCAAAAGACCAGCGGUUACUCUUAUCCCACACCCGAAGUAAAACUCUCCUACCCCACACCCGUGCGAAAUGGUUACUCGUAUCCCAAACCUGCGCUGCAAUUUCAAUAUUAAUGUGAUUUUAUCUCCCCCCACACUAACUUAAUCUGUUCAUUAGUUUAAUUCUCAUAGUGUUGUUAAGUUUGCGAGUCUCUCUACAAAUAAUCAAACAAUUAAUUAACAAAAAAAAACGAAUCAUAGUCAUUAUUACUUAAAUUAUAAAUACAAAAAUCUUAAAAAGAAACUUGAAGCAAAUAA